AUGAUCAACAGUGUGACGAGCGAGGAGGUUGUGGAACACCAUCGCGAGUUUUCCAAGGCAAUCAAGACGAAGCGGUUCGCGGGGCGGUGCCUCGGGUAUGUGACGCCGUGGAACUCGCGCGGGUACAAGCUGGCCAAGGUCUUUGCUGCCAAGUUCAGCCAUCUCGUCCCAGUGUGGUUCCAGGUCGAUCUCUCGCGAGCCAACGGGAGCGGCAAGCUCAAGCUUGGUGGGCGGCACGAGGUUGACCGUGAGUGGAUGAAGCGUGUCCGCGCGCGCGGAGCCCUUGUUCUCCCGCGUGUCAAUCUUGAGGGCGUCGGGGCCGAGGGGCUUGCUCGGUUCCUGGGCAGCCGCGCCCGCAUCGACGAGCUCGUCGCGCUUCUUGCUGCAGCGGUGGAGGAGUACGGACUCGACGGACUGACACUCGAGACCGGUGGCCUUCCUGGCAUGCGGAUCCAUGAGGCCGGAAUGACGUUGCUGGUGGAGCAGCUCGCAGGCGUGACGCGUGUGAUCAUGGUCGCGCCGCCAGCGCACCCCGCGUUCGGCGCGCGGCGGCAGCGGUUCGACUACGGCGAUCUGGCGGCGCUGGCUGGCCACCUCGAGGGGGUGUCGGUGAUGACGUAUGACUUUUCACACCCGGGCUCACCGGGGCCAUCGGCGCCGCUGGCGUGGAUGGAGCGUGCGCUCGAGGGCAUUGUGCCGCCGAACGCGCCUCAGCUGGCAUCCAAGGUCUUUCUCGGGCUCAACUUUUACGGCAACGACUUUGCCGGCGACGGAAGCGGCGGGCCGAUAAUCGAGUGGGACAGCGGCUCGUCGGAGCACGUCUACCGUUACGUCGACGGCCAAGGGCGCGAACACGAGGUGUGGUACCCGAGUCUUGGCUCGCUGCACGUCCGGCUGGAGCUUGCGGCACGGGCGGGGGUGGGAGUGGCGGUGUGGGAGCUGGGGCAGGGCCUCGACUACUUGUUUGAUGAGCUAUGA